GUUACAUCGGAAUAUAUCGUGCGUAUCAUCGUACGAGGUGAAUUACGUCUGGAAAAUAGCAUCAGGUAUGGAUAGUACAAGUGGAUCGAGCGACUCAUCGCCAAAUGUGGAAAAGGGAUGGCUAGCUUUGAAACAGCAUAUUAUAGAAAACAAGAUUAACUUUGGAUUAUGGGUCACAAGACUCUUCACCAUAAUAUUCACCAUUGGUUAUAUCAUUCCUAUAUUUGGGAAUCCUUACAAUAUAUACUAUAAGGUAUUGAUGAAUAAUGCAGCCACCAGUGCAUUACGUCUUCACCAAAGAGUGCCCCGUGUUCAGCUUACUAGGCAAUUUUUAGAGACGUUAUUAUUGGAAGACUCGUGUCACUACUUGUUUUAUUCCUUGAUAUUCUUGUAUGCAGCUCCAGUUACAUUGGUUUUGACACCAGUGUUUCUUUUUGCUGUGAUGCAUUUGGCCAGUUAUUCUCUUACCUUGCUAGAUCGGUUGGGGCAGAAUAGUUGGUGGGGAGCUCGCCUCUUGAUAUCUCUGGUGGAAUUUCAAUCGCGGAAUAUUCUUCGCUUGUGUGCUCUAUCGGAAAUUAUUAUUUUGCCAUUCACAGUCCUUCUAGUAUUUACGGGACGUGCCGGUUUGCUGACACCUUUCAUCUAUUAUCAGUUCCUGAAAUUGCGACUUGCAUCGCAAAGAAAUCCAUUCACUCGAAAUGUAUUUUACGAACUCAGAAACGGAUUGAGUUCGGUGUCGAGAAAACCGGCAGUGCCAGAUAUCGUCCGAAGAAUGAUUGAUGGUCUGCUGUCUCUGACUCAACAAAUGGCACCAGUGCGCCAAUAAUAUGUAUGAUAUUAAGAUUAAACUUUUUCUUAUCAUUUCAAGACAGAUCUCCUAGGGUUCUAGGGUCCACUCAGCAUAACACUGAAUUAGUGUAAAAACAAAAUGAGUGCCGACAUCAAAAUCCAUAGUAAAUGUAUAUUGCAUGAUAAUUUAAAAUAUUCAUGAAAACAAUCAAAGCAUAUGAAAGAUUUCUUAAUACUAAUAUAAUUAUGUUCAUUAAUUACUGAACAUAAAGUAAGAAAACGUGAAGAUACUACAUCAAUUAUUAUAUAGAAUUCACAGUUUAAAAGAAAAUAUAAUUUGGUUAUAAUAAAUUUGGUUGUAGAUAUUCGUUUUAAAGAAUGCUUCAAAUCUAUUAUUAUAUUUAAGGAUAAAAAUAUCUAUGCACAUAUACUAACUUCAUAGUUUCAAAUAUGAUACAAAUUUGAAACAUGAAUUUGUAACAAAUAGGUAAUGGUAUGCAUAAUAGAAUUUAUAAUGUUGAUUGUUAUAUUUUUUUUUUUCUUUAAUCGAUUGAUUUUAUUUUGCACGGUGUUUUUCGGUACUAUAAGUUUAAUAUAUAUCUAAUGUCUGGUGUAUACAAGAUAUAAAAUUACUUUUCAUGAACUACAGGAUAAUUGUUGACUCGCCAUUUCAUUGGAAUAAGCUUAGUAUUUGUCAUGCGUUUUUGUCAACCGUUCGUCUUUUAGUGUAAUUUUAUCUAUUUUCUAAUUAAUAUACUUAUCAUAUUUAAAAGUAAUUCAGAAUAAUU